AUGCCGACGAAGAUAUUCAGCGACAACGCCACCAAUUUCGUCGGCGCCGAACGCAAGCUGCGCGAAUUGAAGGAGGCGUAUCUAGCAAUGGGUCCAGACCUGAAGAGAUUCGCAGCAGACGAAAGGUGCAGCUUCAUCUUUAUACCACCGCGGGCGCCGCACUUCGUCGGGUUAUGGGAAGCCGCGGUGAAGUCCGCCAAGCAUCACGUCGUUCGCGUAAUCGGCAACGUGCUACUGACCGCAGAAGAACUGUCAACCCUACUGGCAGAAGUGGAGGCCAUCCUCAAUUCUCGGCCCCUAACACCGUUGAGCCAGGACCCUAGCGACGGCGAGGCACUAACCCCAGCGCAUCUGCUGAUAGGGUGCUACCUGCGAGCAUUACCUCCAGAGCAAGUGCCAGUGGACCCAUUCUGGCGACAGUGGUCCAAAGUAUACCUGACGGGACUUCAGGAACGCAACAAGUGGCUGCACCCCACUCGCAAUCUGCAGCUCAACGACCUCGUCCUUGUCCACGAGGACAACGUGCCGCCACAGCAGUGGGUACUCGGACGCUUCGUCGCCACCGUCGAAGGACAAGACGGCAAGGUGCGAGGCGCAGACGUGGCGACCAAGGCGGGCACAAUUAAGCGUCCCAUCCACAAGCUGGCCUUACUUCCAAUGGAGGUUGAAGGAAAUUAA